CUUCGUUCUUUAUUGUUCUUUUGUUCAGCUCUGUGCUAUUUCUUUAAUACUUUUUUUUUCUCUCUUUCCUGUUCUUUUAGAUUCUAAACCGCUUCUACAAAAUAAGUGCAUAUGAAUAUGCCAUGGCGCGUACUUAUAUUAUUAAUUAGUGGUUUAGUUGUUAUUUACAUCGCCAUUCUUUCCCAAGAUACACCUUAUGUGCACCCAAAAAUAGUCUACGCCUCAUCCAAUCAUCCACCGUUGUUUCCUUACAAACCUGAUAAGGUUGUUCUGUCUACUAUUGGAGCUUAUGUGUAUUUGACAUUUUUCAAGUACGAAUUACUGAAAAGUAGGGGAUCACUCAUCGGCACAGGCAAUUUGAAAUUAGGUGUACAAGGUAAAGCUUUUUCUUUCAGAUAGACAGUUUUGACACAAUAAAAACUAUGAAUAUGUAUUUUUGAUGAUAUUUUUAUUGUAGGUAUUGUUAAACAAAUGAAAAAACCCCUAUCCACGCUAUUGACAGAACGAGAUCUAUUGGAAUCAGAAGACUGGAUACCCUGCUUCGAACAUG